AUGCGACCUCUCACAGAAGAAGAGACGAAGACGCUCUUCGAGAAGCUCGCCAACUACAUCGGCAAGAACCUCGUCAACCUCAUCGACCGUCCCGACGACCCGCACGUCUUUCGCCUCCACCGCGAUCGUGUCUACUACGUCUCGGAAUCCUCGAUGCGUCUCGCCAUCUCGAUCGCACGACCCAACCUCAUGUCUCUCGGAACGUGUUUCGGCAAGUUCAGCAAGACGGGUAAAUUCCGUCUCCACGUAACAUCGCUCGACUACCUCGCACAGCACGCCAAGUACAAGGUGUGGAUCAAACCGAAUGGAGAGCUGCCGUUCCUGUACGGUAACCAUGUAGUCAAGGCGCAUCUGGGUAGGAUCACGGAUGAUACGCCGGAACAUGCGGGCGUGGUGGUGCUGGCGAUGAGUGGCACACCGUUGGGUUUCGGUGUGACGGCAAGGAGUACGGUGGAUACGAGGAAGCAGGACCCGACGAGUAUCAUCGUCUUUCAUCAGGCGGAUGUGGGAGAGUAUCUGAGAGAUGAAGAUACGCUCUUUUGA